AUGCACAGCUCAGAUCACGAUGAAAUUGAAAAAGUGGCCAAAUCCUGGGGUGCCAAAGUCCACCGGAGAAGUCCCGAGGUCUCCAAGGACAACUCUUCAUCAGUGGAAACCAUUCAGGAAUUUCUCAGGCACAACACAGAGGUAGACGUGGUCUGUCACAUCCAGUGCACAUCUCCGUGCCUCCAUCCAUCCCACUUACAAGAGGCCUUAAAGAAGAUCAUAGAGGACGGCUAUGACUCCGUCUUCUCCGUGGUCCGGAGACACCAGUUCCGCUGGAAGGAGGUCAAGCAGGGCAGUGAUGAACUUACUCAUCCCUUCAAUCUGGUUCCUUCAAAGCGACCCCGCCGUCAGGACUGGGAUGGAGAGCUGUGUGAGAACGGCUCGUUUUACAUCGGGACCAGGGACCUCAUCUUAAAAGAAAAUUCAACGCAGGGCAGAAAGGUGGCCUACUUUGAGAUGGAGCCAGAGCACAGCGUGGACAUAGAUGUGGACAUUGACUGGCCUGUGGCCGAGGAGAGAGUUCUCAGGUUUGGUUACUUUGGUCGGGGAGUGUCUAUAAUGUUCUGCAGGGUUUCCAGAUGUUUGACCGAUGGAAAGGUGUUUCUGUCCCCAUCUGGAGAAGACAUGGUGUCUUUUCACACUAGAGACACUACAGGCCUCAGGAUGCUGCAGAACGAUGGCGUUGAGGUGGUGCUGCUGACCUCCAGUGAAGACCCGGUGACCCAGUCAAUGGCUGACAAACUGAAGAAAAUGAUUGGCUGUGAGGUCAUGGAUGUGGGGGAGGAGCCACUGAAGGAUGUGCAGUCAGUCGUGGAGAAGAAGAGACUUGACUGGAAGGAUGUGGCCUACAUGGGUAAUGACCUAGCAGAUGCCACCUGUCUGAACUUGGCGGGUCUGAGCGCAGUACCUGCAGACGCUCCGAAGGACGCAGCCGAUUCUGCCAAGUACACCUGCCGCCAAGCGGGAGGGAUGGGAGCUGUGAGGGAGUUUGCUGAACACGUACUCCUGCAGAAAGAAAAGGCAAAAACCCAGAUGAAGCAGGACAGGAUCGACCGUAAUAACUUCUAAAGCGUGGAAGGAGAGAUUUAGAAACAUAAAGUCAGACAAUACUGGUUCACAAAGGAAAGCUGCAAUAUAGCAGAGGAGGGUAAAAGAAAGGGGCUAUGAGGACAAGUUGUCUGCUAUAAAAAUGAGAAAUCUCCAUGGUUGUUCUCUACGUUGACUAUAUGGGCAUUUGCCAGGAUGGCAUCAGAAAGGAUGGAGCCCAAGUGCAAGAUAAAAUAUACUUAUACCUCAGUCCUGCCUUAAUUCAGGUUUCUAUGGAUUCCUUAGACAUGCACUUGGUUUAUUGG